AUGGAUCGAAAGUCAAACAACUUAUUUGAAGUCGUAUCCCAAGGUGAUGAAGCUGCUCUUCAAAGGUUGUUGCUUGAGCGUAAGGAAGAAAGAAAUAUCGCGACCCUGGCUCAUGGGAACACAGUACUUCACGAAGCAUCUUGGAAAGGAUACAGUCGUUGUGUAAAAAUACUUUGUAAUGUUUAUCCGAAAGAUUUUGAUAAGAAUUCAAACAAGGAGAAGUUGGAUUGGAGAAAAACUCACUUCGUGAAUCGAGUCAACUUCUGUGGAUUCUCAGCACUUCAUCUUGCAGCACAAAAUGGACAUAAUCAGACAUUGAGAGAAUUGCUUUAUGCUGGAUGUAGUACAUCAAUUCAUAAUGAUUAUGGUGACACGCCACUUCAUACUGCUUGUCGCUACGGUCAUGCGGGUGUGGUUCGGAUUCUCAUCUCAGCUAAAUGUGAUGUUGAUGCCUUAAAUCUUAAUCAUGACACUCCACUUCAUAUCACUUGUGCUAUGGGAAGGAGAAAGUUAACGAAGCUUCUACUUGAAGCUGGUGCCAUGCAAUUUCAAAAUUUGCAACACGAAACGCCUCGAGACAUUGCCCAGAGGAAAAAUCUUAAAGAGAUUCUAGAAAUCAUGAGGAAUUGCACAAAGAGAGAAGAUAAGCAAUUAACUCAAGAAUCUCCUCGAAAUACAAAAUCCCCAAAUGAAACUCACGCACAUCUCUUGCCUCAUAACAGUAAAAUUAAGUACAAUAACAAAGACAAUGAAGAAAAUACUCGUAAUUGGUCACCUUACGGUUGCCAUUAUUAUCCUGACACUAGAAACUUCCCGACACCUAAUCUCGAGACACUUCCCAAGGAACCGCUUCAGAAAGGUGAACAAUAUUACUUGGACUUGGGUGGCAACAUUCGAAAAGGUCCAGUAGGGAAAGGCAACAAAUGCUUCUGUGCUUCACAUAACAACAACAGCAAUGCCGAAGAUGCCUUUAGAAAUGUUCAUAAACUUAUUGAUGGUAGCGAUGAAUUCAUAUUGAACAAGGAAAUGACUGCAGCAAUAUCAAAACAUGUAGGAAGCAAAGAGAGACACGAGAAUUCCAGAAAUAGAGAAAGACGUGGCGAAGAUCCACUUUACCCUUUGCUCAAAAUUGUUGGGGAUAAGAAUAAACAAAUGCACUUGAAGAAAUGGCUGACAAAAGUCCAUCCGGAUAAUGAAUCAGAAGGAAAUGAUAGGAGGAAGGAAGUUGCGAUUGAUGUUCACAAAGAACUUAAUUACAGUAACUCGAAAACUAGCCAAAGCAGAACGGCGAAAGUAAUGUCAAGUUACGAUGAGAAUGGAAACCAAGCAAACAAUGAGGAUGAAGAUGACGAAAACUACACCGACAUUUCAAAUGAGACUGAAGAUGAGUCUGGAAAUGGUUCAAUCAACAGCAACAAUGGAAAUUGUCUCUACGAUGAGAGUUUUCUAAAGAAUUUUCAGGAUCAACAAAUCGCACAGAAUUUUCAUCAAAAUGAGUCGUUAACAUCGCCGAGUGUCAACAGCAAUCAAAACAUUGAAAUGGAAAUGGAAAAGAUCACAAAAUCAUUGUUAACAGACGGAAGUUGUUUGAUGAUCAACAGAAAUCCUGACGUCAUUAAAGAUCACAUUCAUCAUAGUGCCAAACGAAGUACAAAAAAGAUCAAAAGUGCCAUCACGAAGCCAACAGCAUCGACAAUUUUAACUUCUGGUGAUCUUUAUGUGAAUAGCUUUUUUACAAAUGAGAAGAGAAGCGAAGUUGGUGAUGAAGUUGAUGGAAUCGAAGAUUUAAUAUCAAAGGUUCAUUCAUCUAUCAUCAACUCAUCUAAUGUUUCAACUGUUUCAUCACAACAACGACAACCUUCAGAUGGACAAAUUUUAUGCCAUGACGACGUUUCCCAUUGUAAGGAUGUGUGGAAUCAAAAGGGAAGAUCACGAAAUCCUCUGCCACUUGACAUCAACGAAAUUGAAAAUUAUGGCGACAGAAUAUUUUCUCCCGAAAUGUCCGAUCUUCUAGCAAAGGAGGCAACUUCAGAUGACAAAAAUUUAGUAUUACUUGACCAACUUCUUAAAGCAAGGAAAAAGUUCAAUCAAACAUACCAAGAACAGCUUCGAAUUAUGAAUCAACAUGAAAUUCGACAAACCCACCAGGAGACAACAAUUACUAACAAAAAUAAUCAAGAUUUUGACAACGAAUUUACUAUUCCCAGUGCUUCCACUUUAGUUUGA